AUUUUGGUAGUUUUUGGGAACCAUGCAUGUAUCUUUCAAAGAAUUUUGGUAAUUUUAAGUAGACUGACGAACAUAAAUUAUUGGUAGAAAUUUAAGUUGUGAAAAAUAUCCAAGUAGCGGUUUGUAUUAACGAUGGACAAAAAAAAAGAAAUUCACCUACUCUAAAACCAUAACAAAGUAUUAGUCAGUAAUAAAUUAAACAGUUGUUUUAAAGUUAAAAAUAAAUUUAUAUUUCUUACAACUAUAUGCAUAUAUAAUUUAAGACAAAUAUAAAACAACAAAUUUUGAGUUCUAACUAUUUUAAAUGUGUUGGACAAAAAUAAAUAAAUAAAAAUAUUUGUAAUUUGUGUAGCAAUUUACAUUUUUAUAAGCGUUUAUAAAAAAAUAAUAUAUAUAUAUAUAUAUAUAUAUUCAAAUCAAAUGUAAAAUAAAAAAUAGAAUUUUAAUAAAAAUUAUAGGAAAAAUAUAUAAUGCAUAAACACAAAUACGCAACUAAGAAAACGAGGAAAAUCAUUAGGAUCACGAAACAAAUCAAAAUGUAUGUACACAUUUCCAUAUAAUUAGUUAGCUAAUAUAUAUAUAUAUAUAUAGGUCUGGCCCAGUACUUUGUACUGCCUAAAGUGAAAUAAAUAUCUGGCACCCCUUAUCAUUCGAAUCGCGUACCUUAGACCGAACAUUCUACAGCAGAACCAUUAGGCUAUAUACAAAUUUUGGUAAUUGUGAUGUGAAUUUGCGAUGCCCGUAAGUUGUUAAUUUGAUUUGGUGCCUAAAGCACUCGGCUUUAGGUCAGGGCCAGCCCUAUAUAUAGAGAGUAAGCUAUUUUUAGUUAAUAUUUUUAUUCCUAAUACAAAUCUAUAUCUAAACUAUACGUCUGAGGGGUAAAUGUUUAAUAAUAUAAAGCUUUAUUUUUCAAAAUACAAAAAAUUAUCCAGUUCAACCAGGAGUUUAUGUGAACAACCAGCUUCUGACAUUAAAACUUUAUGAUUGUAUAUCAUCUUAUACUAUGUCUAAAACCUCUUCCAACAUUUAUUACUUAUUAAUACAUAUAUAUAAUAUAAGUUAGACAAGUAGAUUUGAUAUUUUCUCUUAUACAGUAUGCAAAUUUUCUACUCCCUACAUUUUCAUACUGAUUCUAUCUUUAGAAAACAUAAUUACAUUGAUGUUCAUUUAAAAAAAAUGGUUCGAAAAGAAAAAUACAUGACCAACGAGGAAAGCCAACUUCCUAUGUAGACAUGCAUCCGAUAAGACUGAAGGAAGGUUAGCAUAAAAUGUAUAACUCUAUUCACAUAUAAGGGAUAGUUACAAAAAAACCAAACCAAAACACAAGCAAAUAUUCAAACCAUUUCUUUCCAAAUACUAUGUACAAAACACAUGUCAAUCAAGUAUAAUUCCAUCAACCAUAAAUAAUUCUUUUAUAAAUUACUUCUUUAGUUGUGACACUGAAUAUAAUGAAGCAUCUAUAAUAAAAAGUUAAACUUAUGAUUUAGGAUUUAAGAUUUACGUUCUAGAUAGAGAAUAAUCAAAUUUAGGUUAUGUCAGUCGUUAUCUUCUUAACUAAAUUCAUCACUGUAAGUCUUUCAGUUUUUGCUACAAAUUUUUUUUUAAAAAUUAAAAUAUAUGUAAACAAAAUAAUUAGAGAAAAUUUAAUAAGAUACAAUCCGCGCGUAGCGCGGCCAAAAGAUCUAGUUGACGUAUAAUAACACUCAAAAUAAACCCACUCGUAAGUUCAAAUAAUAUUACAGUUGAGCCCAUUAUGAUAAUUGUUCACUAUAUUUGAGCCCAUUAUGAUGUUCAGUUUUUUUCCUUUAUUUUUAACAACUAUUUUAUUUAUAUAAAAUGUAACAUUACAAAGAAAAAUAAUAGUACAACUGAUAAAAUAAAAAUUGAAAAAGCUUUAUUGUGAACCAUUUUCUUCGAAUAGAAUUUCGAUGUGAAAAUAAUCAUAUAAUCGAUGAAAUUUCAAGUUCUACUUUGAAACUUCUUUUGUUGUAUAACAUUGACCAAACUCCAAUUUAGAUAUAUAUAUCGAUCGAUUAAGAAUUCAAUAUACUGAUUUUUUGAAAAAUAAAAAUUGGACCUACAAAUUUUCAACGAUUCUAAGAACAUUGUCAUACAACAAACAAAUGUUCCUCCAAUCUUUGUUAUUAAAGCAUAUAUACAUUGUGAUUUUCAUAGCGAUCGUUUCCAGAGUAAACGAUUAGGAUAAGUUCUUUACGACUUAAACAUGGAAACAUAAUGAUUGUUUUGUUAAAUAAAAUUUAUAUUUUUUAUUUUUUUAAAGUAUAGCCCAUUAUGAUGUUCAGUUUUUUUUAAAAAAAAUAUAACUUCUUAAUGUAAUAAAUCUCAUUAAUCCAGUAAGAUUUUCCAUAUAAAAUUAUAAAUACCAAUUAAGAGAAUUAAAACCCUAAACGAGAAGACUACGAGACGAAUCUAACAGCGACUCUUGGUCUCCCAAAGUCAGAAAAACCCCCUAGAAUUCUAAGUGAAAGCGGGCGAGUUACACUAUGUCAACGACGACCGUGCAGAAGACGAAACCAGUUUUCGUGAAGGUGGAUGAGCUAAAACCAGGAAAAAGCGGCUAUAACUUGACCGUGAGAGUAGUUGAAUCCAAUCCCGUCACACCAGCGACCCGUAAAAAUGGUUCGUUGACGCGGCCAUUUCAAACUCCUCGUAUCGCCGAGUGCCUUAUCGGUGACGAUACUGGAUGCAUCCUUUUCACUGCUCGCAACGAUCAAGUUGAUGUAAUGAAGACUGGGGCAACUGUUACUCUGAGGAAUGCAAAGAUCGACAUGUUUAAGGACACGAUGAGAAUGGCUGUUGAUAAAUGGGGACUCAUUCAAGUUACUGAUCCUGUUUCUUUUGAGGUUAACCGACAAAACAACCUUUCUCUUGUCGAGUAUGAACUGGUAACCGUACCUGUUCAGUAACUUAUGCAUGUUUCUACUUUUCACGUUUCCUUUAUUUUACUAAGUUUAAAAUUUUCAAAGAAUUCUUUAGUGCACCAGUGGAUUAAAUUCAGCACGGUUAUGAUUUUUUUUAUAAUCCGUUGGUUUUGUUUUAAGACGAGAUUGUGUAAUGUUUUUUUUUUCUGCACAGCUCUUGAUGUUUUUACCUCAGGAGCUUGUUGAUUAAAUUGGUGUUGAUCUUA